AUGGCACUGAACGGCAACGGCGCGCCCGAGGGCGAAAACCUCUACCAUGUCGUCUUCACCACAACUCACAUCCCCAAAGACGUCAACGGUGAGGUGGAAAAGGUCCGAGUCGUGGGCACCUACACAACUCUAGCCGCCGCCAAAGCAGCGGCACACAGGACAUUGUUCGAGGCCGGGUACGAACGGGAAUUCUUCGACGACUAUGAGACCAAUCAGGAAGAAUUCAUCGCCCACCACGUCAAGAGACGAACAGGUCUUGCCGUGCUGGCCAAGGCCCCUGACAGCACCACCUUCCGCGUCAGCGUGGCCACCACCCCCAACCUCCUGAAGCUGCAGGCUGGUGAGGGCCACAAAGUCCACCAAGACCUGUACUACGUGGUUCAGACCAACGUCCUGUACAGCGAAGACGACACUGGCGAGGCCAGAGAGACCAACGUCGAAGGCACCUUCACAUCGUACGAGGAGGCCCGGAAAUAUGCGUCCCAAGUCCUCUUGGCCCCCGAGGACGGGGUGACGAAAGAGUCGUUUGCAGAGUACGACGAGGCCGGCCCCAAUGAGAGGGAUUCCGGGUAUGGUGAAAAUGUGGUGGUGCAUGCCGUCGGACAGAACGGCGAGAACUUCUUGGUCAGUGUGCUGAAAGGCCAAGAGCUGGAGUCGGUGAGACUGGCAGAGGCAUCCUUGAGAAUCCGGGCCACGUAA